AUGGCCACAGAUUUCGACAAUAGAGAUAUGCCUAAGAGCGACCCGGAAAAGGGCCACGAUGAAGAAUCUGGUGCCCGCAAAAUCAGUCAUGUGCGAGGUAUCACUACAAUGAUCGUUCCUUCUUGCGCGGUGUUUCUUGUUGUCUUUUCCAUUGGUUCUAUCUUUGCCUUGACCUUCAACAAUCACCAGCCACUACCCUUCCAAGCGACUGUUGCGAUAUGCUCUUUGCUGUUUAUAUUGCUCAGUUUCUUUCUCGCAGGGGUUUACUAUCUUCGCUUUAAGAAACGUCACCCGCCAAAGUCGAAUAGUCCAGAUAUCACAGACCAGGGACCCCAUGAUAAGAAAACAUCGGGAAUCCACGCGAAUGUCAACCAUGUCCAGGAGCCCGUUGAAUUAGACACCCCGGUAAUCCAACAUCCGCCAAGCAGACAUAGUCAGGAGGGUCAUCGAGGGAGACCUUCUAUACGUCCAUCUGAAAGGGCGACUGAUCAAAACCAUAGACAGGUAAAUGCAAACGGGCCGGCAGGGCAUAACCCAAAGCACAUUCGGUUCGAACGCAGCCCUCUCCAUCAUGAAAUUUCAGCGUUCAAGGAGAACAUAGAGAGUAGCGCAGGUCGCUCUCCUGGUUCUUUCGCAGGUGAUGGGCGCAUCCGAGCCAGCCAGCAGACUUCAAAUGUCGAUAAUAUAUCGUAUCAGGGACGGCAUGGAGGAGCAGAUAGCUCGUUGCGUCGAAAUCCGUCAUCAAUUCAUAACACACUCCCACCGCAGCGGCGUGCCAACCAGCCAGGCUCGAACGUCAACUCGCCAGCGGGGCCUAGAAACCCCGUGGGCAGCCAAUCCCAAAGGCCCAAUACUGGAUAUCAAGCAUAUAGGCCCAACAACGGGUCUCCCAUGCUUUCGCCAGGGGCCAUGCCAUCGCCCCUAAAUCUAGGGAGAAAGAGAGCCGACACUCAGGCCCAUUUCGUGCAUAUCCCGGAAGACAUCAAUAGGCAGGCGCUUGCCGAGGCCCUCCCUCCCGCAUAUCCCACAGGCGGGCUCUACAUCUUCGACAACGACCGCAGCAGUCUGGACUGCGAGAUGAACGUCGCCAGGAUCGAGGAACAGCAGUAUCAUCAUCGCACGGAGAACCCACGACUUCGGGUUCUGUGUCCCAAACCCCCUACAGUGAAGCCAGUCCAGCCACACAGCAGCUCUUCUCCCAAGGCCGGAGACUUGGAAGUCACCAACACCACAAACGGCAUGUCCUCAUCGCGCCCUGGGCGGUCACAAGAGCCGACCGCGAUAAAACCAGACCAUCUGACCGACAACAAACAUAGCCCACCGAAGCAGAAGAAGAAAAAGAAGAAGCUCACCGGAACUUCACCGCGAAUACCUCGCCGCCGCCCCCACGCCGCAGCGCAAGAAAAAGCAGCGAAUAACAAACCUACCCCCCAACCCCCCCCUCAACGACUACAGCAACCACAGCCCCGCCGCCCCAUCAUCCUUAAGUUCAAGCUAAACGGGGCCGUAUCGCCACGGACCGAAUCCGUACUCCAAGCCGCCAACAACGAAAUUCCUCACGGUUCUCCUCCUCCCGCGCCUGUUCCUGUGCCUCCCGCGAUGAAGACACCACCACCACCACAACUUGCAUGCAUCAUCCCACCCCCUACGUCCCUUACCAAGCCGCCAACAAUCCCUCUCUCACCGCCGCAACCACAGAAACAGCGAGACAUCACGACAGCGACGGCGAAAAUGCGGGGUGUAAGACCACGCCCGCGCCCACGAACGCGCCGCAUCACGUGCGGGAUGCUGCGCGAAGUGCCGCCCCGUGGGAGCAGUAAGGGGUUCGGUAGCCAGGGAACGGUCUCUACAAUCGAUACGAGUGGAUCUAGUCAGUAG